AUGUUGUUGAGUGGAAUAAAGAUGAGGACUUCAAUUUUGUCACACUCAGCAAAAACACUCCAAUCAAUACUUCCAGUUUGGAGGUUCUGCAACGUAUCACAUUCUGAUGUAGCCGAUCAUGCAAGAAAAAUCCCAGACUCUCGGAGAGCAAUCCUUCCUGCAUAUGAUGUGAGUAAAUCACCAUGGGAAGCCAUGACAGGUAAGUCGUUGGAAAUUAUGGUUGAGGUGCUCGAAGCAUUUAAGCGAGCUAUAAAGGUGAAUGCUUAUGAUGACAUUCGUGUGGCUGAUUUUAUAUUGGUCCAAGCACUUUUUGACCCAUGUAGCUGCUAUUCUGAUCACGCUCAGACUCUUACAGAUCAAACAAGGAAAAUGGACGAGGAGCUUAUGUCUAUUGAUUGUAAUAACCAUUUAGAUGAUAUUGCUUGUAGAAAUGAGAUUAACAUGAUUGCCAAUAAAGAGCAUAGAAUCACAAUUUUAAAUCAACCUGAAGAUGUUGCCGAUCUACUGAAAUACAAAGCAAGGAUAAGAUUACAAAUUUGUAGGCCGAAACUGCCCUUGAUGAAUGGAGAUUGUACUGUAAAUGAACUUGUUUACAAGGGUCCUGCACGCCGUGUUCUCAGCAUUGCGAUGCAAAAUCCAGGGAUAUUGGAGUCGCAGAAGCAACAUGAGGAGAUGAAACGACCGGUAGCGCUGGCGGAGCUUCUCCAUUUUGUGGCGACACUGCGCCGAGGUCUUGGGAAUGGGUGCGUCGAAGAAGCGGCUGUUGACGAUGGCCGCCACCGCAUCCCAGUCCGUCGUGCGCAGGUACCCUCUGUGAGUGCGGAGAGGAGAGUGAGGAAGAAGACGGGGAAAAGAGAGAAAGGGGAGGAAAAUGUUUGA